AUGCUUACUGUCUCCUCUAGAGUGCAAAGAAGAAAGAAAAAAAAAAUUAACAAACUGCUAAACACCCGAAACUAUAACAACAUCGUCGAAGCGUUGCUACCUUCUGAUCGUAUAAGGAAAAUAUCUGGAGUUUCCGUGGUAUAUUUCGCUGUCAACUCUGAAAAUCGUAUCGUUACUAAAUUUAGUUUCAUCGGUACAAUAUUCUUUUUAUUCUGGUAUAUUUUAUAUUUUUAUUGCACGUACAAAGCCCAUAGUGAAGACCAAACGAUUUUGCGAACGAUAUACAAUACGAAAUUGAAGCGUUAUGGCGAUGACUUCGAGAGAAUAGCUUCAAUAGUCUACGUCACUUAUUCGAUGUGGAAGGUCCCGUUCCGUAUGAGUGGAAACCAAGUUUUUAUACAAAGGAUUGUAGAUAUCGAUAGCGCAAUAGAAAAUAUGGGCGAGGCUGUGGACUACAAUAAAAACGCUAAAACAGCUCUCGUAAUUUCGAUCGCUCAACUCGGUGACUUUCUUGUUCGCAUGUUUUGUAUAUGGCUAUCAUUGGAAAAUCUAAGCGUCAUUGUUCCAACUGAGAAACUAUACCAAGUCGUCUACACUGAUGCACUUUCUUUUGUUAUAACUUCACAUUAUUGCUUCUCUUUAAUAGUCUUGAGAGGCCGAUACAAAUAUAUCAAUAAAGUUCUUAGUGAAAUAAAGACUCGUAGUGCUUGGGAGUACAAAGUUUUUGUCCGUAACAAAGUGGCUCCUGACUUGGAGAAAGUGCAGAAGCUUCAAGAUAGAAUUGUUUGCGAGAAGAUCAAGGCUUGUGCGAGAAUCUAUAGCAUGUUAUACAAGGCAACGGAAGCUAUAAAUCGAAUGUACGGUACAGCUUUGGUUUUGACCAUGCUGUUGUAUUUGGUAUUUAUAAUAUUGUACAUGUUUUAUUUCAUGGAGGCUACCGCUUCGCGGUUGCUGUAUGAUAUAAAGAAGUAUGUGGAUUUCUUGAUUUGUGUCUUUUGGCAGAUGUCGCAUGCUCUCAGCAUUAUUUACGCAAAUGUUUAUUUCAGUGAAUCCAUUACGCGAGAGGUAUGUAAGUUUUAA